AUGUAUAAUCUUUACCAGUUCGAGAAGGACGCGAAGCAUGAAGAGAAGAAAAUGAAUUACUCCCAGAGCAUGAAGCUUCUCAAAAGGCACCGUGUGAAGGAGAGAGAUAGGAUGGUAGAGCAAUAUAAGAAAAGAGUCACUGAUUUCGUAAAUAUUUUGGAAAAAGUCCCUAUGAAACAGCCAGAUGCAUACUUGACUAAGCUGAGAGAAGAUGAAGCAGGCAGGAAGAAGAACAAGUUCAUGGGCAACGAAUCUAUGCUGUACUCGCUCAGAACUGAGAGACAGAGGAUUGAUGAAAAAGAAAGGCUAAAUAACCUUGAUGUCGACCCUCCGAAGGAGAAUGCACUCAGACUGAGGCCACAAGAUAAGAGUAAGGAAAUCGUCCCUCCCUUGAGGUACUCUCUUAGAGGAAAUAUUGAGAAUAUUUAUGACAGUAUGACCCAUAAGAAAUAUAAAAAUAUACAGAGAGUGGACAAGACUGAGUUUGAUCAUAAGUUGAAGAAGUUCAAAAAGAAAUUCAAGAAUAGGCUUGAUCAUAGUAUCAAGAAUGCUAAACCGUUUUUAAAGCCGAAAGAAAAACCUGAUAUCUUUACAAAAACUCAUUUCAAAGCUGCUUACGAUAUUUAUCUGAACUAUAAUAGCUGAUUGCAAGAUGAUGCAGCAAAGGAAAUGAGGAGGGAAGAGGAUAUGAGGGAGAAAUUUCUUUACCCAAAAUUCGAUCUGCAUAAAAGCCACGCUGAAUUCUCCCCUCAAACUAGAUUUGAAAGGCCAAAUGAGAGAAAUCCUAGAAAAUCUUAUAACGAUAAGUUACAAAGAACUUAUGAAGAUUUUGAGAUCGAAACUGAUGACUCAGUCGUUGAAAUAGAGAAGGCUCCAGCGACUCAUGGUGCAAAGAGAGAAAGCAUAAAUAUGUUUGGACAUAAAAAGUUUGUGAAAUCCCUCUCUCCUCAAGGAAGAACUUCCAGUAUCUUUGAUAGGGAGUCGGUUGAUAAGCAGAAGGAAGAUUUUUACCAGACUAAAAGCACCUUUAAGAUGUCUCAAAACAACCAAAAUAUGGCUUCUUUCUCAAGGAUGACUCAGUUUAAGACUUUAAAGAAUAAAGCUCAAUCUGUCCUUGAAAAGAGCAACUAUUUGAGAAGAAAGCAUUUCAAAGGAGACACACUUCAUAAGGGAGAAGGUAGAUUAUUCAUGACAAAAGGGCUGAGUAAUUAAUGAUAAUUCAAUCAAGGUGAAGCACAGA